AUGUCUACCACACAAAGGAAGGGCAGCAGCCACCUGUUCACCAGUCCGAGCACCUGUCACCUGCAGGAGGAUCAGCGACAGCAAGAAAAAUCUGUCAUUGCUGAACCAAUAUUUGUUUUUGAAAAGGGAGAAAGAACUUUCAAGAGACCUGCGGAAGACACCCCCUUUGAAGCAGCAGAACUUGAAUGUAAUCGUUUCUCAAGAAAGCGUGUACGGUCUUCAUCUUUUACUCUGUGUACUGCAGAUUCUCCGUCCCAGGGAGUGUCAACCUUGUCUCAGAAGCGCCUGAGAUCUUCGUCCUUCACUGACCUCCCAACCUUCCCCCCGUCUGGUCCAGUGAAGAAAAACAAUGUUUUUAUGACAUCAAGUCUUGUACAAAUGAACACUGACGUGAAAAGUGCGGAACAAGGUCCUGUAAAGCAUUCUGAACAUGUUCUAAGACCUGCUACUUUACAGCCACCUCAUCAAGCUCAAAGCUGUGAAAAAAUAGGACAAACAUUUGGGCAAAAUGCCUUGGAAUCCGGCAAAAUUAAAGAAAAGAUGAAACAUAAGAUUUCUGAGGAGAAUCCUCAUUUAUUAAGUGAAAAUUUACCAAGUGCCAGAAUUUCAGUUCCGCUUUCUACUAACCAGCAAUUUUCAGGUUCAACAUCAGUAGGAUGUCAACCAAAUGGAAAAUGUUCUUUUAAAAGCUGCAGUUUAGAGUUUGUCUUUGGAGAAAACAUGGUGGAGAGAGUUUUGGGAACUCAAAAACGAACCCAGCCUCAACUUGAAAAUGAUUCAAAUGCCAACCAAAACACAUUCAAAUCCAUUCUGAAACUCCCUAUCAACUCUCCAAAUUCAAGAACAGACUCUAUUAACAAUGCAUCCCUAAUUGAAUCUGCUGCUGCUUUCUCUUCCCAACCAUCUCGAAAAUACUUGCUGGAGAAAAUCGACAUAAUAACAGGGGAGGAAGCAGAAUAUAAUGUGUUAAAGAUCAACUGCAAGCUUUUUAUAUUCAACAAAACAACUCAAUCCUGGAUUGAAAGGGGCAGAGGAACUUUGAGACUGAAUGACACAGCAAGCAGUGACUGUGGAACAUUACAGUCAAGACUAAUUAUGCGCAAUCAAGGCAGUCUGAGGCUAAUCCUCAACAGCAAACUCUGGGCUCAGAUGAAAGUUCAAAGAGCAAAUCGGAAAAAUUUGCGAAUAACGGCUACUAAUUUAGAAGACAAUAGCAUCAAAGUAUUUUUAAUUCAGGCUAGUGUCAAAGAUACAGGAUUUCUGUAUGCAGCCAUACAUCAUCGUCUUGUUGCACUUCGAAGCUUUGAUAAGCUUCAGAAAGAUGUCAAUCAAUUUGAAAGUCAGUCAGAAACAGUCCUUCAACAAUUAAGCUGUGAAAGCUGUGAUGAGGAUGAGGAUGAUUUCACCCAAGUUACUAAAAGUGGAUCAGAUCCUUCUAGGUGGACCAACAGACAGUCGGUUGCCUGUUCAUGA